UACCGGGUGGUUCAAACUUCAAAUAUCAUAUCACAAUAUUGAUAUCAAGAGACAGACGAAGACCAUAGUUUUGAAUAGUUAUUAGUUUAUUUUACAUGCCAUGUAAUAUAACUGAGCUGUAUAACAGCUUCAUAUCGAUAAACAUAAAUUGCAGUUUUAGCUGACGAGGCUGUUUUUUGCUUAAACAAUUGUUUAUGAAAAACUAUCCUAAUAUCAUAUUAUUACUACACAUAAAACGUACCGGGUUCAAGGAAAUAUCGAGAUAUUACGGACAUUAUCUUUAAAGAAGAUUGUGUGAAAUUUAAAUUGAUCUCAGUUUAAAGUAAAGAUGUCUGCGUGUAAUAGUGGUGAUAUAAAAUUAGACACAGCGGUCGAAAGUUGGCUUAAUGUUGAUAAGAAUCCCAAAACAAGGGCAGAAGUGUUAGAUGAUAUAAAAAACGCAAGAUGGGAAAAGCUGAAGAAGACGAUGUUGAAACGGCAGAAGUUUGGCACUGCCGGUCUGCGGGGGAGAAUGGGAGCUGGUUAUAUGUGCAUGAAUGAUGUUGUUGUUCUGCAGACAGCUCAAGGUUUGUGUUCUUAUUUAAAACGAGUUUGUUCCAAGAGUCAACUAAACAAUGGAUUUGUGGUUGGGUUUGAUGGCAGAUAUAAUAGCAAAAGAUUCGCAGAACUCACGGCCAAAGUGUUCGUGUCAUCUUCUAUACCCGUGUAUCUCUUUUCGUCUGUAUGUCCCACCCCACUAGUAUCAUAUGCAACGAUACUGUACGGAACGGCUGGUGGCGUGAUGGUAACAGCCUCUCAUAACCCCAAAGAGGAUAAUGGGUACAAAGUCUAUUGGGGCAACGGGUCUCAGGUUAUAGCCCCACAUGAUGAUAAUAUUUUGGACGAAAUAUUGAUGUGUUUGGAGAUUCCUGAGGAGCACUGGGAUAUAAUAAACAUCAGGAACCACGAGUUGGUCACAGACUGCCAAGAGGAUGUGACGUCACGGUACAUGACAUACAUACACGACAGUCUGUCUUUGGAUGUGAGGGAGCAAAAUAAGAAUGCCUCCAUACCGAUUGUGUAUAGCGCGAUGCAUGGGGUCGGCUAUGAGUUUGUGGUUCAGGCUUUCGAAUCUGCUCAACUGAAGCGUCCAAUCAGCGUGCCAGAACAACAGAAUCCAAACCCAGAUUUUCCGACGGUAAAGUUCCCGAACCCAGAGGAGAAGGAAUGCCUGGAACUUAGCAAGAAGUUGGCGGAGGGACAUGGGGCCAAGUUGGUGCUGGUGAACGACCCUGAUGCUGAUAGAUUGGCUGUUGCUGAAUUUGAUAAUGGAUCAUGGAAAGUUUUCACCGGCAACGAGAUGGGAACUCUGUUGGGAUGGUGGAUGCUGCACCAGUACCAAGCAAACAACGCCACGGGCGAGGACAGGUGCUACAUGCUAGCUAGCUUCGUUAGCUCCAAAAUGUUGAGUGCCGUUUGUGGGGGGAAAGCGAGAUUUGUUGAGACCUUGACGGGAUUCAAGUGGAUGGGUAACGCGACGCUGCUUUUAAAGGGAAAAGGCAAAGUGCCGUUAUUCGCGUUCGAAGAGGCCAUAGGUUACAUGUGCAGCUCUGAAGUACCGGACAAAGAUGGUGUUUCCGCCGCUGUUCAAGUGGCAUCCCUAGCAUCGCAUCUAUACACUCGAGGCACAACCCUAGCGGGCCACUUGCAAGCUUUAUACCGCGAGUUCGGUUACCACGUGUCGUACAAUGGAUACUUUUUGUUCGACGACCCGACUGUAGUUCAGAAGAUUUUUAAUAGGAUUAGAAAAUAUCAAAAUGGCGGAUACCCCAAGAAAGUCGGUCAAACUGAUGUGGUUUUUAUAAAUGAUUUCACCGCGGGCGUGCAAAUACCGAAAGAGAGUGAUGACAAAAGCGAAACCAGUGUAGCUGGCACUGGGCUAGACCAGCCGUACACCAGCGGCGAGAUGAUAAUGUUCAAGUGUGCGCGCGGACUCAGCGUGGUGCUGCGCACCAGCGGCACUGAACCUAAGCUUAAGUACUAUUCCGAACUGGCUGCCAGCAAGGGACAGGGAGAAGAAGAAGCGAAAGCAGAAUUGGAGUGUAUCAUGAAGGAAUUUAUAAACGAACUAAUUCAACCAAAGGAAAACGGUCUUAUUGGUUAAUAUUUUUUUUUUCGUUUUUCCUCUUUUUUAUUUGCCAGAUUUUUAUAUUGUACUCUUGAUAUAUUAGUGUUACUAAAGUUAUGCCACAGUCUAAUAAGCCAUACAGCUGUUCAACGAACACGUUUCUGCAAGUCGAUCGUGUGAGGACGAGCCCGAGCUACAUACGCCAUUCGGGACACCGUUUAGGGGCUGUCACAGCAAUGUUUAUUAUUUGUAGGUAUCUUAUAUUAUACUAGCGACCCACUCCGGCUUCGCACGGGUGAAAUUACGUAUGUAUCAUACAUAUAAACCUUUCUCUUGAAUGACAGACACAGACGAAAAGCGACAUUGUUUUAUGCUAUGUAUAUGUCAAAAAUAAAUCAAAUAUAUAAUGAUUUUGUUAAAAUUGAAUUGUGCUGUAAGAGAUUAGAAAUCGCCAUCUUGUGUUAACACAUUUCGUUUGUUUGUUAACGUUUUCUGCUUAAUACUAAAUCAAAGGCGUUGUACAACUGUAUAUUUCUCUCUAUACUGUGGUAAUGUUUACUUAAGUUGAUGUCGGAACUUGUAUUUAUUUUUCAAAGAAACUAUAAGUUUCUCAAUUAUUACCAACAUUAUUUUUGUUACCAAUAUAAUAUUGUGGAAAUUUCUAAGGCUAAAUUUGUGAUGCAUUUCCAUUGUAAGUGUUUUUAUUUAUUUACAAAUGUUAUAUAAAUAAAUGUGUACCAAGAU